ACUUGACACAACAGCCUUCGUGUGCGAGCGGAUGAGGUCCCGCAGCAGCAGUCGCUAUCGAAAUCGGUAAUUUUAGCCCCGCAAACCGGUGUUCCGAGUGUCGAGUGAGUGCGCGACGCGUCCCCGAGUGUGCCGCGAGUGCGACGUGCAUCAAGUUGACCACUGCAGUGCGCCGGAAGUGGCAUAAAAGUCCGCGGAAAAACCGAGCCAUCCCAGCAGUCCGUCGUCGUCGUCGUAGUUCGUCAUUGUAUAGUAGGCUCUGGUUCACCUUUUCACGGUGAGACGUGAGCCAGUGAGUGUGUGCAAUUGUGAAUGUGUGUGUGCGCGGCUGAGUGAGACGGAAAAGUAGGCGCUCACGCGGCCAGUGCAGAACAACGGUACACAACACAACGCGCGAGAGUGAGAGGGGGAGAGUCGCGUAUAGCAUGUGCAUGAGAUGGUGAGAAGUGAGCGGGGACUCACUGCCUGGUUGCAACGAAGCGCGACCGUGUUUGUGUGAGUGUGGGAGCAGUGUGAAAACGCGACGUAUCUUUGUGUGUAUUGGUGUUAACCUGAGCAAGACGAAGCUAGCGAAGAAGCAGAGUUUGCGGAGCAGUGUCGGCGUGACAAAAAGGAUUGGAAGGCCCAAAAUCGUGACAAAUCCCCCUAAAGGAAGCCCACAACUCCAUUUCAUCAGCUGGCACCACGUUCCGUACCGUACUCUAUCCGUGUCAUACCGUGUGCAAGAGAAGCAAAUCAAAGCAAAAGAGCAAAUCUACAUCAUCACACAUAUAAUUUGCCUCAACCAGAAGCAACAGAACCCCGAAGCACCGUGAAAACGCAAAAAGAAGAGAGAGAGUUAUAAAAAAAGUGGGAAAUGAGUCUAAUGUCCGCGGACGCGCCAUCGAGCUUGUUCGACGGGUGAAUGUGUUGAUUAGAAGAGGUGGUCGUCGACCAGGUCUAGAUUUUGGCACACAGGUCCGUCCGAAAAUGUGUGCGCGUGUGUAGUGGUGGUGUUCCCACACAAGUGUGAGUGUCUGUGAUUUGUUGGACGAGAGCAAUCAAAUAAAUCGGAGCUCAGAGUGGAAAGAGUUGAAAAAGGAAGAAGAAGAGGAAGUAGAAGCGCCGAUGCACCCGGAACCGGUUCCGGAGGUGCUCGGAAGCCGGAAGUAGGCCGCGGUGAUCUGUUCCGAACCAGGAAGGACAAACCCCCGAACCAUCCCCGGAGUCCGCCGGAGGCCGUCGCAGCAUUUGCGUCCGCCUUGGCCGACAUCCGACACUCCUUGGUGCGCCAAUGAAUCGUCGGCAAUCGUUGGACAAGCCAGGUGAGCAAGGUAUUCUGUCUCCUCCGGGUCCAUUUCUGACGCCAUCGCCAUCACCGUCGAUCCCGGCGAGCCCCCGGCUGCAGCCGUCGCCAUCGCAGUCACCGUUCCAGCAGCAGCAGCACCAGCAAUUCCAGCAACAUCACCAGCAACAACAGCCGCAGGAUGUCCUGCUGGUAACCAACAGCAGCCUUGCCGCCGUGACUCAGGACCAGGACCGCAAAUCGGGCAUCUCGAACCGACGGCAGUCGUUCGGCCAGCAGCAACAGUUCAUCACCAGUAGCAACAGCAGCAGUCCGAAUGCCGGCACGGUGGUGUACCGGCCGAGUCCGACGCAGUCCCCGGCCGGUGCCGCCACGUACAGCAUCUCGACCAUCCCGGGCAACGAGUUCAACACCACGCUCGUCGGUUCCAACAACAUCUCGCUGAAGCAGCAGAAAGGUCGCAAGUCCAGUGCGGCAACCGUAAUCCACCAGCCGCAGCAGCAACAGUUGUUUCAGCCUCAUCUGCAGCAGCAGCAGCAGCAGCAACUGAUCCAGUCACAUGCAGGCCAUGGACAUGGGACAACGAGCACGAUCGGGACGCCCUCAUGUAGCCCGAAAGCGGCGAAAAAAGCACUUCAGCAGCAUAUCCAGCAGCACCACCAGCAGCAAGCCCAAACCGUGUCCUUUGUGGGAAGUCCCAUCGCCAGUCCCAGUCCGAUUGCGAGUCCCAACGGGGGUGGUGGUGGUGGCGGUUCGAUUCUGGUCACGACCAGCAGUCACGGCGGACUCGGCGGUAGUAUCAUCGUUGGCAGUGCGGGCCCAGCCGGAACGGCUCCUCUGCCGCCGACGAGUGUGGCGACCGGUCAUCAACUGAGGCCACCGACGCCGCAGCCCGUCAUUCAGCAAUAUCCUGUAAUGGGCGCAGGCAAUCAAAUAGUGCAAAUAUUUCAAGGUUCUCAAUUCAUUCAGCAACAGCAGCAGCAGCAACAGCAUCAACAGCAAACCAUUCAGGGCCAGCAGCUGCAGAACCGUCAAACGAUCAUAUCGCAUUCUCCGCAGCCGCAACCCUUCAAUCCCCAACAGCAGCAGCAGCAACAGCAGCAAUUCCUCCAGCAAAUCAUCACGUCGUCUCCGUCCUCGGGUUCACCGUCGCCAUCGCCGGCGGCCACCGUCAUCAUCGGAGGAAAGCAUCACCAGCAGAGACCGCAGCAGAUCCUGCCCAAGCCGGUGACGCCGUCGGUUUCGCCGUCACCCCAGCAGAGUCCGCAGCAUCAGCCGAUCUUUUCGAUAGCGGGCGGGAAGACGAUCAUGACCCAGCCCAAGACUUCGAUGGCGACCAUGAUGAGCAACCAUCACCAGAUGCCGGCCCACAUUCAGGUCACGCAAACGACGGCCGGAGGUCAACAGUACGCGCAACAGGGCAACUCUGCGCAGCAGCAACAGCAGCCGCAGUUGGUGGCCACACCGCAGACCACGCCCACGGGAUCGGCCACGCAAGGUGCGUCCCAAAAUGGGGGCUCAAUCAUCCUGCCAACGGGGAACCUCAACGCACAACCCUUACUGCUCAACCAAAUGCCGGUCAUCGUACAGCAAAACACCCCGCAGGGCGUCCAGCUGAUACUGCGACCUCCGACGCCGCAACUCGCCACGCCCAGCCUGGUGAUUCACAACACGAGGCCACAGCUGCAGCAACCCCAACCCCAGCAGGUGCUUCGAAUUCUGGGCACCAACGGGGCGAUGCAACUGGCCGCGGCACCGACCUUCAUCGUGUCCUCCCAGGGCAACCUGGUGCAGCAGAACAUCCCCGGGCUCAAAACGAACCAGGGCGUUCCGUUGACGCAAAUCCAGGGCCUGCAAGGCCAACGUGGUCAGGCCCAGCAGAUCGCAAUCAAUCAACACCUGCUCAGCCAGGGGGUCGCUCAACUCCAAAACCUCCAGCUGAACGGGAACCUCACGCAAAUCCAGGUGCCAAACGGGCUGAACGGGCAGCUACAGCUGGCCUCGUUGCCGGCGCAGUUCCAGCAGGCUGGCUUCAGCUUACAGAACCAAAACAUUAACCUGAACCAACUCGGAAGUGCCAAUUUCACGCAGCAACUGGCCGCGGCCGCAGCUGCCAGCGGUGCCACCUUCACGUCUCCGCCACCACCAGCGGUAAACCAGACCAACCAGACCCAGUCCGCGGGAGAAAUCGUCGUCAGUGCUCAAAAUAUCCAAUUCACAAGCGGGGCAGGAGGAACGAUCACGGUCAACGCUCCGAUGCAGCAAUCAUCACAACCCCAGGGACAAAUCAUCUCCGACGGGCAGCAGAUCCUCUCGCCGGAACCGAUCCGGCAACCAACGCCCAUCCUGACCACCGCCAGCGGCCAGCAAGUCAUCCUGGCCGACAGUCUCAAACAACCGCCCCAACAACAACACCAUCAGAUCCAAAGCCAACAACCCCAACAGCAGCAGCAGUUGCAGCAACAGUUCUUUACCAGUAGUUCCAUUCAGCAGUCACCAGUGCAGAUCCAGCACCAGCAACCUCCGCCACAGCCCCAGCCAAAGUUCGAACCCGAAAAGCCCAAAAAAGAGCGCAAAAGCAAAAAGAAAAAGACGACUCAACCGCCGAUCGCGACGGCCGCCCCCAUGAUCGCAACCCCGUCGAUCCCGGUGACCUGCCAGGCACCAACUCCCCAGUCGGAGCCAAUCACGUCUCCGCCGACGUCCCCGACGUACACCAACACGCACACGUCCACGGGCAAGCUCGAUCUCGCCAACCUGAUGAAGAUCUCCGGCAUCGGCAUCGAGGACGACGACUUCAUGGACAUGGACGAGCCGGCACCACAACCUCCGCAACCACCUCCUCUCACCGUUCCGGAGGAACAACCCCAACCCCCGCAACAGCUCAUGUCACCUCCUCCGGCACCCCUCCCCCAACCACCUCCAACAAGCACCGCCAGUACCGAUAUUAUGAUCACGAUCCCUGCCAGCGCCGCUGGCGGAUCCAACGUGGACUUCCCGUACACGAUCUCGAUUCCGUCGCUCGAGGCCGAGCAACCGAAACCACCCCAGCCGACGCCUUCGGCGUCGUCCGCCGAAGUCCCGCCCAAGCCGACAGAGCCACCUCCGUUCAUGAUCACGAUCGACGCGUCCGCCGAUCCCAACUCCGCCCAGCCGUACACGAUCUCAAUCCCGCGCCUGUCGGCCGACGAUCAGGCCAAGGUGGUCAGCAUUGCGACGGUGGCGCCGACGCCGACGAUCGCGACCGUGAGUAGUAGUAGUGGUGGCGGAAGUAGUUUGUCGCAGAACACGAUCUGCGUGAACAGCUUGAUGAACAACGUGCUGAACAACACCCAGGUCACGCCAACGCUGCAGAGUCAGAUCAACGAGAUUCAGAACCAGCUGAUCCAGGCAGCGGCUUCGUCGGCACCGCCGAUGUCGUCCUCGUCGGCGCCCAUGAUCAGUCAGAGUUUUGUGGUGAGUCAGCCGCAGCCGAUGGCCUCGUUCGUGACUUCGACGGCACCGAUGGUCACUGCAACGCUGACCUCGCCGGUGACCACUUCAAUGGUGAUAUCGCCGAGCAAGCCCCCACAGCAACCGGUUGUGACGCCCACGAAGAAAAAGUCCGGUGGAGGCAAGAAGAACGGGAAGAAGCUGGACAAACCGCUGGAAACGAUUCCGGUGGCGGCUCCGGUUCCGACCCAGAUCGGAAACAUUCAGAUCUCACAGAUUGACGGGACGACCGUGAACAACAACAAGACAACGAAGGGCACGAUCAAUAAUCAGAUUCAGAUCACGCCGAUCUUGGACAACAAGCAGAACUACCAACCACAGCCGCACCCAGUUCAGCAGCAACCCAUUCAACAACCUCAACCAGUUAUUCAGGCACCUCCAGUACAACCCCAACCCGUUCCGCAACCUCCUCAACCUGUUCAGCAGCAGCCUUCGGGUCCACCAUCCGCCCAAAGCAUCCUGUCGCAGCUGACGGGCGCGCUGAGUCUGUCCCUCGCGGAGAACGGCCACCUGAUCCUGAAGCACGACGUCAACAGCCCCCAGGACAACCAGUCGCAGAUGAUUCUGCAAGCUAUCCUGUCCGGCGCGCUUGGCAACGUGAGUCUGGUGAACGAACCUUCCAAACCUCCGCCCGCACAACCAGUGGUCCAACCUCCACCGCCUCCGGCGCCGAUUCCAGUUGUCCAACAACAACCGCCCAAAAGCGUGGCCACCGUGAGCGGCCAGAUUCAGCACAAAAACGUAAUCGUUACCAGCUCCCAGCACCAGUACGUCCCGUCGUUCAACACGCAAACCAGCACAAUCGUAACGUCGACGGCUUCCGCCGGUGGCCACCUGAUUCAGCACCAUCAGCAACAACAACCGCCACCUCAGCUGAUCCAUCACCAACUCCCGCAGCAGCAGCAGCAGCAGCAAAUUCUGCACACACCCCAGCAGCCGCAGCAUCUACCGAACGUAACUCAGAGCUUGAAGGAAGUGCGCAAGCACGAACCUGCCCCCGUGGAGCAACCUCCUCCGCCUCCUGUCGUGCCUCAACCGCAACCUGUGACGACGACGAACCAGUUUCAACCCCAGCAACAGCAACAGCAAACGGUGGUCAUCAACUCGAACGCGCCCAAGUUUGUCGAGCUGCCCAAGGUCGGCCCGAACUCGCAGCUCUUCUCGCUGAACACGCUCACCAACCAGAUCACCCAGAUGAGCCCGGGCCAGACGACGGCCGCGCUCGGCCCGAUGGAGCGGCUGUUGAUCGUGCCGACGGGGAUCAACGCGGCGCAGCUGGCGCAGUGUCUGCUGCAGGGUCAGAUUCACUUCAACAACAUUGGGCCGGUGCAGCCGACGAGUGAACCGCCGCCGCAGCCGCAGCCGAUGGUGAAGCCGUUGCAGCAGCCGCCCCAGAUUGUGAGCCAGAACUUUAAGCCGACGGGGAUGACCGCGCCGGUGCAGAUCCAGAACAAGGUGGUUAACAACGUGGUGCCCGUGCCCAAGGAAAAGCCCAAGCGGAGUCGCUCGAAGAAGGCGGACAAGCCACCGCCACCGCCCAAGGCCAGCCUGGUCAAGGUGAACCCGGUGGGGAGUGGACUGCCGCCGAACGUGAUUCUACAGCCGGGGCAGCACGCCCAACCGAUUCUGGCUGAGGAUGGAACUAAGAUUGGCACCAAGAUUGUCGGUACGGUCAACCCGAACAACUUUGUGGUGGCGUCGAGUGCGGCGCCACCGCCGCCGAUCGCCCAGGUUCAUCCGCAGAUCCAGAGCAAGAUCAAACCGAUUACGACGACUACCCAGUGCAAUAAUCUAAUCGUGAGUAACGCGACUACAGCUAACGUCACAGCCGCUGGCGGUAAUCUUAGCUUCAACAGCAGCAUCAACAGUAGUAGUGGUAAUGGUAGUGUAAAUGUGUGUGUUCAACCGAAUAACGUUUUAAGUGGUACUAGCUUAAGUAGUGGUAAGAAGGGUUCCAAAAUCCAGCAAACGCAGCAGCAGCAGCAUCAGCCGAUGCUGAACCAAAUGCCUCCGUUGGUGAGUGUGAAUUCGGGGGCGCCAGCUCCGUCUCCAACGCCAACACCGACCGGGACGCCCUCCGUUGUGCCGCGCGUACAGACGAUUCAGUUGACGCCGCAAAAGCAGCAACUGCUCAAAAGCGUUCAACAGCAGAUCCAGCAGCUGUCGGCGAAGCUGCAGAACAAGAACCUGCUCGCAACGCUCACCAUUCCGGCGGACUUUGAUCCAACCAAUCCGGUCUUCAACAAGCCACUGCCCGUGCUAACCAACAUCCAGAACAUGGCCGACCCGGAGAUUACGCAAGCGUUGCAACGACUGUUCAUCGAACAGCAAAAGAUCCUCGCAACGGGCAAGAUCAUUCCGACGAUCCCUUCGGGUCACGCGCUGGCAGUUGCCGCGGCCAACCCGCCACCACCUCCGGCGCCCAUCUCCGGAACGACACCCGGCGGAGCCGUGAUCAGCAGCGAACCAAAGCCACCCCAGCAAGCGAUCGUGUCUCCGAUCACGGUAACGCCCACUUCGGCAAACGCGGCCAUCUACCAGGGCGGUGCCAACAUGCAAACCAUUCCGUCGCCCAUCCAAAUCAACUCGCCGCAGGUCGUCAAACAGGACAUUCCCCCUCCGCCGACCCAAACCAACUACACCGGCACGAUCGUCAGCAGUUCGGGUGGAAAUUCUUCCAUGUCGAUCACGAUCACCAACAGUGGCGUCGGUCAGAUCCAACAGCCACUGACCAAGGGUGGUGUCCAGCAAAAACCCGCCACCUCCAUCAUUCCAAUCGGAGCGACUUCACUUCCACCGCAAACCAGCGUCUCGAUCACGCAACCCAACCAGAUCAAGACCAGCGUCGUCAAGCAGCAACUGCCACCAGCGCCCCAUCAGAUCAUCCUGAACAACAAAAGCAUCACGUUGACCAGCGGUCCAACCAACUCCAUCCCCAUGCCGUCGCUAGUCCCAACCCAACAAUCGAUGAGCGUGACCAAGAUCGAACCCACGAUCAAUCGAUCCAACACCCCGGUGCCUCCUCCGCUGGUUCCAACGUCCAUGCCGGUGUUCCACCAGGGCAAAAACGCCGCCGGACAGUCCAUCAUGAUCGUCGGUGGCUCACCAGCCCUCCAGAACGUCAAAACCUCCAUGAUGACGACCGCAUCCGGUGGAAUCGUCGUCCAGGCGAACCCCUCCCUCCACAUCCAGCUGCAGCAACCCCAGCAACCGAUGAACAUCGUCCCCCCGCCACUAGUUACCAUGAGCCAAACUCUCCCCUCCACCACCCUCAUAACCACCGCCCCCGGUUCAACCUUCACCCCAAUCCUCCCGCCAAACACCACGAUCACCACGACGGUGGCCGCGAGCACGGCCACAACCCUAACAACCACCACAACCAGCUCGAACAUCGUCAUCAACAGCAACGCCACCCCGACGCUGAUCCCCACCGUCGUUCCAGUGACCUCCGCGAUCGUCACCCCAGUCGUCCCAGCCCCGCUGCCGCCGCCUCCACCACCGCCACCGCAACCCGUCGUACCGACGGUCGUCACCACGACCAUCCCGGGCAGCACCAAGCCGGUCGUAGUGCCGCGAUCAAGUUUGUUCGAACGGCAGAUUUCGGUGGACCAGGACGCGUGUACGCGGCCGGACACGAGCGCGCCGUUUGCGAGCAAGCAGGACGCCGUGAAGCGGCUGAUUCGGUACCACUGCAUGUACGAGGAGCAGCGGGAGGACGAGGAGGAGCAGGGAGAUGAUGGGUCGUUUCGGGGGAUGGCGGCGGAGUUUCCCGUCAUCUACCAGAACAUGCUGAACAAGUACCAGCUGCUGCUGAUGCAGGAGUCGAUGCGCCACGUUCGCACCACCGAGCUGAUGAUGGUCGACCGGAUGCUCAUCUCGGACGUGAAGGACGAAAUUCUGCAGAUGCAGCUCAACAUCCAGGAGUAUCUGAAUCCCUCGGCCGCCGUUGUAACUCCUGCGGAGCUCAACCCUGCCGGUGAUCCUGCCCUGCUCGAGGACAGCAAGAUCAAGAAGGAGGAACUGCCGGUUUUUGUGGGCGAUCGGCCGCCAUCGGCGGUGGAUUCCAUGAUCAAGCAGGAGCACAUCAAAACCGAAGAUUUGGUGGCGUAUCGGCACCACCAGCCGGGUCAGAAGGUGGCGGUCCGGCCUUCGCCGGAUCUGUUCAAGAAGGAACAGCUGGACAGCUUCGACGACAUCGAGAGCGAGAUUACUCCGAGCUUCAUCAUGAAGAAGUGCGAGGGACAGGGACAGAAGCAACAGGCUGCGCCUGCCUCGGCACCGCCUCCGUCGUUGAGUUACUUCAACCAUGUCGGUGGGGAAGGUAAGAGUCAGGAGUCGAAGGGCGAGCCGUACGAAGAGUGGAUGUGCAUUCAGAAAGAGUUGAAUUACUUGGAUGAGCGGAAGGAAUCGUCGACGACGGUGGCGACCGCUUCGGGGUCUUCGACCUCGAUCAAGAGUGUCAAGAGUCCCGAGGAGGAGAUCAUCGAGAAGCAACUGGACGAUUUGUUCAACCCGUCCGGGGAGGACAAGGACAGCCGGUCGGGUCAGGUGGACUCACCGUUGGCGGACUUUUUCAACGCACAGCAGCAGCAGGACUCGGGCGUGGGCGGGAGUGCCACGGGUGGGUCGAGCGUUCCGUCGGAUAAGUCGGUGGAGAAUCGAUUGGAGGCGCUGUUCGGGGGGACUCCGUUGCACAAUCGGAGUUCCGAGGACAACUCACCGGUCAACGAAAAGCAGGACGACAUGAUCGAGCACCGGUUGGAGGCGUUGUUCCAGAGUGGUGAGAGUGCGCUGGACAACGCGAGCUUCCUGCACAAGAGUACGACCAACUUCGAGCUGAUGCAGAGCCAGAUGAGCCAGAAACGGCACUGGUCUGCGUCGGAAUGGGGUGAGGACGUCGAGGAUCGUGGCGCCAGCACGGCUGUGAAAAGGGUAAGGGUAGAAGUGGAACAGCAGAAUCAUCACCACCGAUGGUUGCUCGAGUGUACGCAGCAACAGCAGCAACAUCAUCAGCAGGUUCAGCAAAUCCAGAACCAUCAGCAACAACUGCCACCGCAAGGGUUGGACACGGGACCACACGAACCGCCCUCAUCGGUCGCCUCCACGACCUCGUCCUCCUCAUCUUCAUCCUCCACCCAUCACCACGCAACCGUCCAACCUUCGGCGAGACAUCACGCCGCCGCCGCCGCCGCCGACCUCCAGCACCACCUCAACCAGAUGCACCACUUUGACGGCACCGGCAACCCCGCCGGGCUCAACUUUGACGAGGACAUCAGCCGCCAGGUGCAGAACGCGAUCGACUCGAUCCUCAACCUGCAAAGCAACGAAACCGAAGCCGCCCUCCACUUCCCGCUGGAUCAGUCCUUCCUGGUGGACAGUCCGGCCGCUCCGACCGCCAUCCAGCGGCCACCGUCGUCCAACAAGCGCAAGUAUCACCACAUCAACCGGAUCGACGACAUCAGCGACUGUCUGGGGAACGCACUCGGAGCGGACGAUCACCAUCACCACGGCCACAACAACCUUGGGGGGAGUGCGGGGGAGAGUGGAGAUUCGAGUGCGGUCAAGACCAUCAUCAAAUCCUGACCACCGCUGGCGAUGGCGAGUAUGAACGGUGGGGUCGUGUCCGCGACGACGACGGCCGCGGUUUAGAGAGGGGGGGCAAAAUUGUACAAAUUGACCAAAUUGUUGCGACUAAAUGGAACAAGUUUUUGAGCAUGAGAAAGAUUAAAGGUAUCUUCAAAAUUUUAAAUUGAUUUUUUUUUUUCAUUUAAUUCGCGACCAUGUUUUCGAUUUCAAAUUUGUCCAUCGAUCCUUAUGUCAUAUGUUCGAAGAAGCCAUUUUGCAUCUUUGGUUUCUCCCAACAAAUUCCAGCGCUAGAGGGGUUUCUGAUCAACUUGGUGUCUUCGACAAAGUUGUUACCUACAGUAGGUUAUGAUCAGAACUAUUUGAAGCUGUGUCACAAGGAGGAAAAUCAUUUUUUUCCUUAUUUGUUUUGGUUACAAAUAAAAAAACAGUUUUUCUUAGAAUUACCCAAAAUAGUUGCAUAAUUUGAAAGUCACGCAUAACUUGGAAAAAGUCAGCAAUUGUUACUAAAGCCAAACAGUUGCCCUUUUUGUCCGGAAAAGGUUAUUAUGCGAUCGUUAAUCUUCUUUCGAAUCAACGAUCUUUUAUUUUGAUUCUCUAAUUUCAAUCUAAACAUAAUUGAAAAAAAAUUAAAAGAUGAUAAUUAUGCAAACUAAGCAAGUUAAUAAAAUAAAAA